CAUUCCGUGGCAUAUGCAGCUAACUUCACUGCCUGUUGAGGUGUUUGUCACUGUGAAGCCGAAGAGCAAAAAAACGCGAGAAAAACCGGAAGACCAUAAAAAAUUAUUACUGCAGAAUGUCCGACGAGGACAAGCGUGCCUUUGUGGGGGACUUUGUGCGCUUCCUGCGCCAAGAAAUCUCCCAAAUGUCUCAAACCCCAGAUCUAGUGGAGAGUCUCGAGGUGGCAGUGCAGUGUCUGGAAGCUGUCUUCCCAGCACCCCCGGAAAGUGAUGUAAAUGCAUGGGAAUUGUUCAGGACUGCCCGAGAAACAGCUGGUGGGGGUGGAAGUGGUGGCGAUGGAGAGGCACUGAAGAAUGAAGGGAAUCGCCUGAUGAAGGAAGAAAAAUACCAGGAAGCACUUCUCAGCUACAAUCGCGCCAUCUGCUGCGAUCCACGUAAUCCCAUCUUCUACUGCAAUCGUGCUGCAGCAUGGAUUCGUCUUGGGGACUACGAUAGAGCCAUUGCAGAUGCUCAGAUGUCACUAAAAUACAAUCCUAGCUACUGCAAGGCACAUGCACGAUUGGGGGAUGCUCUUGUGAAGGUGGGGCGUUUGGAGCAGGCCAUAAAUGCCUAUCAGGAGGCAGUACGACUAGAGCCUGGGAAUGCAGACUACCAGAAUAAGCUCGAUACAACGAGGCAGCGUCUUCAGGAUCAACCCAACGAUGGUACUGCCAAUGGGGCUGGUAUGAAUCAAGGGCUUGCGGAAAUGGCAGCACGUAUGAUGUCUGAUCCUUCCGUUAACGAAGUGCUAUCCUACCUCAACGAUUCCAACAGCAUUGAGUCUCUCCUCAAUACCGGACGACAAUUGGCAAUGCAAAUGGGUGCCCAGAACCCGCAACUCUUCUCCGAUAUCCGACGUCUUUUGCAGUCUAAUCCAAAUGUGGCAAAUCUCGUUAAUACAAUUCAGCAGCAUCAGAAUGAUUCAGGUGGCUCCGAUGGAUCUGGAGGUCCUGGAGGGCCGCCCCCAACAAGCAGUCCUCCCAAUUAGUGUGUUUCUUUUUUGCAUUAUAUAUUGUAUUCAUUAAUAAAAUAAAAAUUAUUCAUCGGAAAAUUCUAA